GCUUGUUUCUUCAUGGAACUACGAUGCGUGAUCGUCUCACUGAGGACAGCCGUAUUCACUUCCAUGAUAAUUGCCUUGAUUGAGUGUAACGCAUCGCUAUAUGGCGUGGAUGUCGCAUGGGAGAUCCAACGACGACAUGGUCGCUGCUCUAAAACGCAAUGGCCUGAUUAGAAGUGACAGGGUGUUCCACGCCAUGUCAGCUGUAGAUCGAGGUCACUAUACGAGGUACAUUCCGUAUCAGGAUACGCCAGUGUAUAUCGGCUAUGGCGUUACAAUCAGUGCUCCAAAAAUGCACGCCAUAGCCCUCGAGUACCUUGUGGAUUAUCUUCAUGAAGGCGCCAGGGCACUGGACGUCGGGUCAGGCAGCGGGUACUUGACUGCUUGUAUGGCUGUGAUGGUGGGAGCGACCGGUACAGUCGUUGGAAUCGAUCACAUCCCCGAGUUGGUUCAUCACUCCAUAGAGAACAUCAAAGCUGACCAGCCGGGAUUUAUUGAGUCUGGCAGAAUAAAGAUGAUUGUUGGCGACGGAAGGAAAGGAAAUGCUGAGGAGGCCCCCUACAACGCUAUACAUGUUGGAGCUGCAGCACCUGAAAUACCUUCUCAGCUGAUCGAGCAAUUGAAGGUUGGUGGGCGUCUACUUUGUCCCGUGGGUCAUCAGGGCUGCAGUCAAGUAAUGAACCAGGUGGACAAGUUACAGAACGGCUCCAUCCAGACGUCGCAACUCAUGGACGUCCUCUUUGUGCCCUUGACAGACAAGGAGAGUCAGUGGCCCUGUAGCGGUUCAUCGAGAUACCGACCAGGUACAGACGCUGUCUAACAGGAACUACGACGCCUCCGUCUGCUUGGCGUCCUACGCCGGGAAUGCGGACCAAUGCUUAUUAUUUAUCAAUCAUAGUAAAUACAAAUGUAACAAUACAGCUUUCCUCAAGUA